AUGGAAUUAUUGAAAACUUUCUCAAGAUUUGGAAAUUCACGUGAAGUCUUUUUGAGUAUGACUGGAACGAUCUCUACUAUUUGUCGUCAGGAUACAUUUUCAGAAGAAGAUGAUGAUAGUAUUCAAAGAUUCUCACAACCUUUGAUCGGUUCUGGAUUUAUACUGGUUAUGGUUGAAAUCCUUUCGAUUGUUAUAUGCGAUAAAAAGAUAAUUUCAUCAGGUAGAAUAUGUUUUAUGAAAAAGUAUUCACGUUGGAAUAGUAGUUUAGAAAGAAUUAUAAAUUUAGAUAAUGAAAAAAUGCAAAAGAUUGAAAUCAUAGAUGAACAAGAGUCUAAGAUGAUUUGUAAUUUAUUAGGAGAAUUUGUUUUGAACUUUGGUUUUGAUCAAGGUUUUGAGUCAGGUGAACUCAAGAAGGAAAUAGAAGCUACAAAAGAGCUUUUGAUUGAUUGUUUUGGUGAUGAAGAAGAAUUAAAGAAGAUACUCAGAUCGAGUCGGUUUUUGACCUAUGCGAUGAACCAAUUGAAUCAAUGGGAAGAGACUGGAUCAAUUGAUUCUUCAAUUCACAUUGAUGAAGAAGUUUUAAUAGAAGCACUCGAGGACUCUGAUACCAAUAUGAUUCAAGCUGGGAUAUUUAUAAUCCUCUCAUCUUCUGUUCCUCUAGAUAGUCAAAACUUUAAACUCAUAGAUUGUUUAGCAACAUGUUCAGUUACAAUCUUUUCAGCUGAACUUAGGUUUUUAUGUUUUAGAACAUUGGUCCACUUGAUUGAUUCUCUGGAAUUCAAGACCAAAUUUGACUCUCUUUUACAUCUCUUUAACACUAGUUCAAAGUAUAUCAAAUUAGAAAAAGCUUUAGUUAAUUUGGUCAAAGAGAAAAUGGCAAGGUCUUUGGGAAAGGCGGAGGAAGAUCAAAACAUGCCGACCAAGACCAUGCCAUUUGGAGGAGACCUCCCCCGAGACACCCAUGACGCAAAUGCCAUUGAAGACGUUGUUGGAGAAGAUGUAUCAAUUAAAUCCGGGUCUGAAGGCAAAGUUGAUGUGGCGCAGGUUUCCAACAACGUUUCAACCGGUGGUAUUAAGAUUAAGAUCAAGGUGCCUCAAGCAAAACCGACCACUGUCAAGACAGAGACGUCUCCACCAGUACCUGUAGCUGCAGGUAAGCGCAAGAGCGCAGCCAAACCUGCUGCUGCCAAGCGCAUUGCUAAAAAGCCAAAGACCAAGGUUUGA